AUGGAGUUUGCCAUGGUGGGUGCAGACGGCGGGUGCAAUAGUCACCUGCCUUACGGUUAUGCCCAAGCUCGCGCACGGGAGAGGGAGCGCGAGAGGGAGCGCCAGGCUUCGCAGUCGAGAACGGCGGCUACGGAAGGUGGGUCCGGUGCUGAGGGAGGAGGCGGUGUUGGUGGAGGUAGUGGGGGCGGCGUGGGGGGGUCCACCUCCUCCUCGAGCGCUCAUCUCCUUAACAACCGCCAGCAUCAGUCUCGCGCCGCCUCCUCCACAAACGCCAACAUCAGCUGCGGCGGUACCGCCUCGCGCCCCUCCUCCUCCUCCUCCUCCUCCUCCUCUUCCUCCUCCUCCUCCUCCUCGCAGCCGCCACAGCACCAGCAGGAGCCCGAGCAGCAGCACAGAGUUCUCAGAGAGCGGAAAAAGCAGCGCGGCGUAGGACGCUGGAGACGCAACCGGACGACUCUCGGAGGGGACCUGCGCCACUCGGAGCUGGCGCUGCUCGGAUCCGAGGAGGACAUCAUGAUAGAGGAGGAAGAGGCCGAGGGAGCUGAGGAGGAGGAGGAGGAGGAAGAGCAGGACCGGGUAAGCAAGAGGUCCAGCUUUCUUUGUAACAUGGAUGAUGAGGAGACCGUGUCGCUCACUGACAGGCGUCCUCAGUCCGGAUACGAAAAUGUUUACAACGAGUGCGGCUGCUGCGAGAGAGUGGUCAUCAACGUGUCGGGGCUGAAGUUUGAAACUCAGCUCAAGACUCUCGCUCAGUUCCCGGACACGCUCCUGGGAGACCCGGACAAGCGAAUCAGGUACUUCGACCCACUGAGGAACGAAUACUUCUUCGAUCGGAACCGACCGAGUUUUGACGCCAUUCUUUACUAUUACCAGUCAGGGGGGCGGUUAAAAAGACCCGCAAACGUCCCAUUUGACAUUUUCUCUGAGGAGGUGAAGUUUUAUGAGCUCGGGGAUGAGGCAAUACUCAAGUUUCGGGAGGAUGAGGGUUUUGUGAAAGAAGAAGAAAAACCUCUGCCGGAGGACGAGUUCAAGCGCCAAAUCUGGCUGCUGUUUGAGUAUCCGGAGAGCUCGAGCCCUGCCAGGGGGAUAGCGGUGGUGUCCGUGCUGGUUAUAGUAAUUUCUAUUGUCAUUUUCUGCCUGGAGACGCUGCCGGAGUUCAGGGAUGAAAAAGAGUAUCUACAGCCACGACUCAACUCCACUCAACCUGAUCACGGAUUUACUCCUUUCAACGACCCAUUUUUCAUCGUGGAAACGGUUUGCAUUAUCUGGUUCUCCUUUGAGAUUAUAGUGCGCUUCUUUGCGUGUCCAAGCAAACCGGUUUUCUUUAAAAACAUUAUGAACACAAUAGAUAUUGUAUCCAUUUUGCCUUAUUUCAUAACUCUCGGCACGGACCUGGCGCAGCACCAAGAAAACGGGCAGCAGGCGAUGAGCUUUGCCAUCCUGAGAAUAAUCCGUCUGGUCCGGGUGUUUCGCAUCUUCAAGCUGUCCCGGCACUCUAAGGGGCUGCAGAUCCUGGGCCACACUCUGCGCGCCAGCAUGAGGGAGCUGGCCCUCCUCAUUUUCUUCCUGGUCAUCGGUGUCAUCCUGUUCUCCAGCGCGGUGUACUUCGCAGAGGCGGACGAGCCCUCCUCGCAGUUUACGAGCAUCCCGGAUGCUUUCUGGUGGGCCGUGGUGACCAUGACCACGGUGGGCUACGGGGACAUGAAGCCCAUCACUGUGGGUGGGAAGAUAGUGGGCUCCCUCUGCGCGAUAGCGGGCGUGUUAACCAUCGCACUCCCGGUGCCGGUCAUAGUGUCCAACUUCAACUACUUUUACCACAGGGAGACGGAUAACGAGGACCAGGCGCCGGCGGUGGAGAGCAUGCCCCCGGGCUGCCCGUAUUUUCCGGACUUUUUAAGGAAGUUUAAAGGCUCGCCUUCUGGCUCUUCGCUGGGUGACAAAGCGGAGUAUAUGGAGAUGGAGGAGGGGGUCACGGAGUCGCUUUGCGGGCUGGACAAGAGCCCCAGUAAAGGAAACGGCACAGACAUAGGGAGAAGAAACAGUACUAACUCAAAAUCCAUACAGACUGACGUGUGAUUACAAGUAGAGUUUUGUUUUAGCAUUUUUUUCUAAAGAAGAUUACGCCCUAUAAAGAUACUGUUUGCCUACAAGCAGGUGGUCCCCUUAACACAAGUUUUACGCACACAAACAUACACACUCAGCACUCGUUCACAGGUCACCAAUUGGAAGAUUAUAAUGUCUCAUUCUCUCCAUCUCACAACGAUGGUUUCUUCUAAAUCCUCUCUAUAACCUUUAGGAACAAUUAUGAUGAAUAUUUGCCUAAUGGGUUAAUUAAUUAGUAAUUAUUCCGUUUAACCUUGGGCUUCCAAAUCUGUCAUAAAUUAAAAGUCUAGACAAGACAGGCUAUGCAUUCGCACUUUAUGAGUUUCAUCUGUCAGUAACAGAAAGGUUAGGGACGAUCGUUUUGCUGUUAUGCAAUAAAGUUAACAUUUGUUUGCACUAUGUAGAAUUUACGCUGGGUUUGAUUGACUUUUAUUUCAGAGACAGAAACUGUAGGCCAUGCAAAUGGCAUUAAUUGAGUCAUCCUCUGACCACUUAGCUGAAGAAUGUUUGAGUAACUUCCUUUAAGAGGCAAACUAAGGUUAUUAAUAACUUCUUUCAUACUCUGCCAAUAAGAAUUGGACUCCAACAAAGGAAAAGCCUGAGAUAGAUAAAAUACUGUUGUUACUGCUCCAACUCUUAGCAUGAACAAAAGGCUCAUUAAAACAUAGCAUUUACCAGACAUCAAAUAACCCAGGGCUAAAAUGAUAUUUAUUACAUCUACACAAAUAUGCUUUUCCAUAAAAAGUCUUGUGUUGUUGACCCACAAUGAGAGCUAAGCACAGGAAACAUAAGAGUUAGAAAAUGGCUGGAGAAAUGACUUGCCCUGCCAGGUUUUGUAUGGACAGGCUUGGAGCCUUGGCGACAACAGUUUCCCCAGUUUCAUUUAAACCACCUCAAAAUGACAAUAUCCCUUUACACGGACGCAGAUGGAAAGCUAUAGCAAAAACAUCUCUAAUGUGGAAACUCUUCGAAGGGGAGUUUGUGAGCAACUUCCUUUCCUGUCCCUGGACUUCGUGCACAAAAUAUUUUAUUUUCUCAAGAGGACUAUGAUUAUCUUCUAGCUCAGAAGAUCACCGAGAUGUGGAUGUCUUCCAAGCGCUGCCAGUUACAGGGAGAGGAGUAUCCCCCACAUCUCUGGUAAUUGCAGAGAACAAGCAAAACAUUGUGACCGGUCAUCUCGAGCACGAGCGGACCCUGAAAAAGCAACAACUACUGGACGGGACUCGGCCCUCGAACACGUGGGGGGGAGCACUGCUGUGUGACAUCAGUAAACAAACCCGAGGGUUAAGACUGGAGAUGGAAACGAGUAAGUCGUGGCCCAAAAUGAUUGCCUUAAUUACUACACAUAUACAGAUGUAUGGAGUGAUGAAACUAAGAGACUUAUAGUUCAAAGAUGUUUUCUUUACAUGUGAAAAAAGUGUCUUGUAAGGAACAGAUGUGAAUAUUUUAAUAUGAUAGAGAUAAUGUUUGGUUGUAACGUCGACAUAAUGUUUUAGUUGGGUCGGCUUUGUAGGUGUUACUAAAUAGUGAGUUUGCUCUCUGCUUAUGUGCAGUCAGCAGUAAGACUUAAUCUAUUUUUUAUCUUGUUUCAUAUUGUCAACCAAACAAGGCUGGCCUGAGUUGCUCACUCAAAUGCUGGCAACAAACUCUUAAUUCACAUCGUGUCAUAACACAUGAAACUCCUCAUUCAGAAAGUGUACAGGGAGAUAUUGGGAGAGAAAUGCAAGAUAUAUAUUGACUGGCUCAAUGCAACACACUGAAAUACAUCAGAAGAUUAUCCUCUUACAUUAAGAUCCACUUACACUAAAGCAAAGAUGUCAGGCACAUAAACACCCUCAUGAAUAUCUGCCACACUCACUUUCUAUUAGAGAAAAUCAGCGGGUGAAACUCGCCGGGCUCUCACCGUAAAGAUGAAAUACCUUAGGUUUUUUUCUCAGAUGCAAAUUUAGAGCUGACCAGCUGCUUUGUUGAUAUGUUUUCACUUUAACUGUAUGCAAAAGUAACAUGGACGUGUGUUAUAUAUUUUUUUAAACCUAGCCUUGAUAAUUACAUAACCAAAGGUGAAACCCUGAAUUUAUUGUAUGUUGUGGACUUCUGGAAAAUGUUGUGAUAUAGAUGCACACUGAAUAGGAAAAAAAUGUAAAUAGCAGACAUUUAUACUUGUGUGUCCUAAGAUGUGUUGCAGAUAGAGUUAUUUGAGACUUUUUACUUUCUUUGACUGUUAUGACCCUCAACCAUAAUCCUCUGUUUGUUUUUUUGUCCUCACUGAUACAAUCACAGUCCUCAUAUUGUUGUGAAUGCUGCUCCAACAUUCUUCUCUGUUUUUAUUGUUGUUAUUUUCCUUAUUUGUCUUACAAAUCCAUCUACUCAGUCAUUUGGAAUUCCAAAACAUGAGGUAGCUGUCGUUUGUGCAGCUUUGUCAGAGUAGCGUUGGAUUUUGUUACCUCCCUUAGACCUGCGUUGUUGCCCAUGAGCAAAUAGAAGUUUUAUAUUUCCUUGUGGAAGUAGUAGUAGUCAUAUAUCUGAAUGAAGUCAGUAUUUUAUUUUCCUUGAUUUUUCCCUCAGAAAAGCUGAAUGUCAAAGAUGUUUCCUUAGUAGUAGAAAUGUGACCACAAAAUAACCACAGUAGUUUAAAAUAGAUGUCAAUAGUUAACUUGGGAAAUCCUUACAAUGAUUUAUUGGGAAGGCGUUUCUUCAUAUCAAAGGUUUUACCAAAAAGACCAAAAUACUCCAGCACAAGUUAUUGCUUUUUUAAAACAAACAUUACACUGGAAAUAUGAAAGGAAGGAAGAAAGAGUGAAAUCACCUUGCAUGGCAGUGGAUUAUAAUAGCAGGUCGUACACUAGUUGUCUCUUAGCUGUUUGUUGGGUGAACACAUCUUUAUUCAAGGUAAGUCAAAAAAGAAAAGCAACACAAUUUGGCAGUUUAGUCAAAAUCAUAGCUUUGAGAUUAAAGGAACUCAAAGGACUGCUCCCUUAAUGACAUUUAAGUAAACAAUGGCUUUAGAAGAAACGUGAUACUAUCCGGAUUUAAGUAAACAAAGCAAAUACAAACCAACAGACAUUCAUUUCACUACUUAAGUUAAAGAAAUACUGUUGGGAAAUACAUGCAUGUGCUUUGGUUACAUAAGAAGAUGGAUUCCACUCAUAGGUGGUACAUUUGAAGCUGUAGAGCGGUGCAGGAACGAGUCCUAAAACCAGUAAGUGAGUUAGCAUGUUACCACUUCCGGUUCCCUCGUCUCAGAGUCAGUGGGAUUACUCCGUAGGAUUUUGGAAAAUAGCUCGAAAUAAGGUCUGUGGUUGAUCCAAAUUUAAGAGAGGGAUCACGUUUUGUUCUACGACAUUAAAUACAUCAGCAGUGACCCCCCCCCCCCCCUGGUGAUUUUUGAAGAGUUUACGUGUCUGAAAAACAACGGUUGUUAACAAGUGGCUGAAUAGGACUACAGAAGUUGUACAUCAUUACGCCGAACACGUAAACACUCCGGCUAAAUUUGUUUGCAGCUGUUUUGCUUGAAAGCAAGUACUUGCGCUCUUGCAAACUCUUAAAACAAACGCUUCAACUUGUACAAUUUUGAAUCUGUAUUUUUGAAAUUUUAAAUGUUUAAGUGGGCGUGGCGUUGAAGUUGUCCGACCCUGCUGUACUCGUCUGUAGUUCUGUUAUAGCAUAACGUUAGUAUUUGUUAGCUUCUGGCGAUUACAUUUAUAAUUCGAAAAUUAUAAAAACUUGCAUUUAUCAAACAGAUUCGUUUUCCACAGAUCUAAUUUUUUACAAUAUUCCAAAAUCCUAUGGAGAAAUAUCAUUGCUUUUUUGUCGAGGGAACCCAUGCGCAGCUUACUUACGAGUCAGCCUACAAAAAUGUGUCACCUGCAACACUAUAGGCAAGCACACUGUUAGCUUAGCAUGAACACAUUUAUGUAUCUAUCUAAUCUUUUCAUGAUCUUAUGCUCACUACACAUUCUGUGUCAGGAACUAUGAAUCAGAAAGGGAAAAACUGUUGUUUUCUGCCACAAAAACAUUAAAAACACAACUUGAGCAGGGUUAGCUGGCCUCUCUCUUCCAGUCUUUAUGCUAAGCUAACCUAAGAAAUCACGGCUACAUGUUGAUUGUACAGACUGUCCAGAAGAGCGAGAACAAGCAUAUUUUCCCAAAAUGUAGAAACUCGUCAGAGGUUAAAUGGAUUGAAGAUCAAACCGGUCUGUAGAGAUAUAUAUUUUCAGAUGUGAUUUUAUUAAACUAAUCUUGUCAGAUUAUGAGCCUCAAGCACAAGCUGUCCCUGAGUGGGCUCUGACCUGGAGUUUCUACCUGGAAACAGUCACGAUGUGGGCUCUCAGGAGGAUGUGAGAUGUAGCUAUAGCCCACAUGCACAACUACCAUGCUGACAGCCAAUAGUAGCCAAAAGCUGCAACAAUACUGAUAAAUCUGUAAGAGGGAAAUUAAUCCAUCUAAAGUCAUGUUUAGCCACAGCUGGGUAUUAUCACAAAGCAGCACAAAAGGCGCUAAGCCAAAGAGUUCUAUAUGCCCACAGGUUACUACAGAGGGAGAUCAGGAUCAGCAUGAUUGAUCCCCGAGGCCAACAUGUCCAAUCAAGCAGAACAAACAAGCACCAAAGGCGACCGAAGGAAAUCUGUUUAACUGGGCAGACUCUAACCCAUUUCCUCAGACUAUAAAUUAAACUCAUUUAUUUGGUUAGAGGCUGCAAUUAUGUCAAGUACAAGUUCACUUAAAUCUGCUUUCAUCAGGAUUUCAGUAGUGACCUGGAGAGCUAUAAUGUAUGAAGGCAGAUUUUAAAGCAGAUUGAAUAUUACUGGAAGAAAAAUCAUUUAUCCACGUUUCAGAGCAGAACGAGACUCCAGCACUGAAUAAAAAAAAGUCAUUAUCAUAACAGGUAUUUGUCAAGAGGUCAUCCAGGUCAUUCGGUAUCAUGAGUGGGAAAGGAUUAGUGGACAAAUAUGGAACAUAAGACUAAAGAACCAAUUCAUUUUGUCUUCGACCUAAACCUGCAGUAAUAACUUUGGGAUGCUGUUAUGAUUCAGUGAGGUUAACACUUGUGUGGCGAUACAACCCGGUGAGAAAAAUAUGGUGUAUUUAUGAGCUGGAACACUGACAAGGCUACAUUUAUAAUCUGGCUAUGAUGAAUAAAAUCACUAAAACUGACCUCAUUAAAAUUAACUAUUGGCAGAGAUUGAUUUCACUUUCAGGAGGAUCUGUCUAGGCAUCGGAAGAAAAACUGCUUUUUUCAUGAAGCUCACAUAUAUAUUUCUUGGGCAUAAAUUACUCUGAGACUCAAAUCCUCUGUGCUUUUCACAUAGGCGACUACACAAGAUUAACUUUAAGAUGAAUGCCUCCCCCAAUCAAUAACAAAGGAUUUCUUCUAAAACACAACAACCAAUUGACCGCAGAUCUAAAGCCAUGCAAACAGCAGCCAAGUGGGAUUUAGUGAUGUACUCCAUUUUAUUCUGAUGUCAGGGUUGAAAGACUUGACGCGCAACAGCCCAAUCGAGCCCCGAGGCAGCUCUAUCUCCAUAUAUGUGUCCACCUUUUUUUAUUCCCACGUAUAAAUGAGGAGCUGGGACAGAGCCUAGGGAUGUUGUGUUUGAUUUGUUCAAUUAAGGCAAACCCUAAACCACCCAAAACAAGGUCAAAUUAAGGAAAGAGAGGCAACUGAAAUCUAUAUCGUAUAGGAAAAUAGAUGUAAGCAGCUCAUAUAUCACAGAGCAAAGCCAUAUAAAUAAAAAAUGUUGUUGGUGUAAUAAACAUAAAUGUUUUAACGAUAAUCAGUUAUCAUUCCUGGCGUGUUGAACCAAGCCAACUGAACUAAAUACAGCUUUUAUGAGAGGAAAGCAAAGAACUGGUAUACAAAAAAGAUCCAAAAAUAAUCACAAGCUGCCCAAAGAAAUGUUUUAUCUACUGUACCAAAUAAAACAAAAACCAAACCUAAUCUGACAACACUGACUGCUCUUGCCCAUUGUGAUUAGGUCAGAUGUCAUGAUAUAAAGUAACACUACUAACACAUUUCAUGUUUACAGUUUUUGUAUUGAAUUAGUUAUAUAACAAAUCUAACUUUAAAAUGUUUUUGACUCCAAUAGCUGAAGGACAUCUUUAAAAAAGACCACCUGACUAAGCCCAAUAUCUUGACACUGCACACAGGCGGCACUGUAGACGUUUCCGUACGGCUCAGUUUGAUAUUACGUACCACAGACAUAUUCAUAAAGGAAAGUAAUGCGGAUACAAACCAGAGUGUUUACUGUAACAUCCACAGUGUUAGAUAACACCAGGAACCCGUUUUAAGUCUUAAUCUCCUUAUAAACAAGGUAGCUUAUGAGGAGCACUAAAAAAAAACUGUUGAACAGUGACGCAGUUUGUGUUUGUUUGGUACUGGAUGUUACAUGACUGACUGGAUUUUGGGGUUGUUUUUCACCAUCUGCCUCCUGCGGAACAGUAUUAGUGCUCUUUGGCGCAAAAACAGAGAUUACAGUGUGUGCCUGGUCACAUCUGUCUUAGAUAGGAAGAAUAAGGAUUCAUACCUGUGUGUUGACAGGCUCUGGACUAUACUGGUAAUGUCAGCUCAAUUUACUCGGUUAAUAAACCCGUCGCCCCAAUAUAACUUCAUCUAGGAAAUACUCAGUGGUCACUACUAAAUGUCAUUACUGUUCUUGACUAAAAUCAAGCCCGGCCCUGACCAUUGUGCUGCCCUAAGCAUGAUUUUAGCUCAUUGAUGAGUUGAUUCAAACUUAGUUUCUCCACAGAGAAUCAUUAAAGCAUUACUUUAAAUGUUUACCGAACAUGAGCCCACACGUUUCCUGGUAAAUUGUCUAAUAAGAGAACUAAGAGGUGACAGUCUUCGUUUUUGAAGUUAGCUAAUUUUUUUCGGAGAUAAGAAUAUUAAUUUGAUAACAGUGACCCUCAUUAACUUCAUUAGUCAAAUGUAACUUUGUUGUUUUUUGAACACUAUUGUACCAGAGCAGUAGGAGAACAUGAUAUGCUAAAUGAAGAAGGGGCAUUAUUUUGCUGAAGUGCUCAUCGUUAGAAGGUAAUUAGCACUUGCACCUUUUUCAAUGACAACCACAGAGUUGAUUCAGUGUAGUUCAGGUUGAGGUUUGAAAACAUAAACGCACACAUAUUAAAAUCUUCUAGUGAGAAAAUCUGUGCACACACCCACAGCAGCCGGAACGUUUAUUGCUCUCAGAGGACCCUUGAGCAAAGCAACUGCCUGCUUCUCCUGACUGAUGCCGUCCUCUCGGGUGUCUCAAAGUGAAAUGUGGAUCCUAAUUGCACAAAGCCUCAUAGAUCAAGCUAUUGGACAUUCACAUAGCUUUACAGUGCAAUCAAAAAGAUAUGUCUUUGCUUGAAGAUGGAAAACUUUGAUCGAUAUGAAAUGAAUUGCCAACUAUUUUGAUAAUCUUCUCAGUCAGGCGUCCUCUGGUUCAAGGGUCUCCAAUGGGAGGAUUGGAUGAUUUUAAUUUGCAAUAACUGAUAAGAAAUUGAAUUUCUGUGAACUAAAAACAUACUGUAUCUCAUCAGACUGUGUAAUGCAUGCUUUUCCUCCCUUUUUAAAUUAUAACAAGGACAUUAUACAGUUUUUUUUUCACUAUUUCUGGACAUUUUACUGAUCCAAAAUAAAAAAGUGAAUAAUUUGGAAGAUAAAGCAAUAGUUACUGUAGUCCCAGCUCUAAUUACAACAUAACCGUUCUAAAUGAUAUAAUCAUGCUAUGUGAUGAAUGUGCUGUGCUCUGUGAUAUGGAAAUGUAAUGUCUAAUAGCACUUUUUGGGAAAAAUUAAAAACACAAGCAAAUGAAAACAAACAUCUCCACCAAUUUGACAAUAAAGCUUUUAGGGAAACGGGUGCAAAAGAAACAAAACAAAAUGACACAUAAAUCUGCGAACACACAGAACGGGUGUUAUUAUGUUUUCUGUUUCUGUAUAAUGGGGCACUUGGUGAAGACGUUUCCUCCAUUUGUUUAGUCUAUUUUUCAUGCGUCUUCUGUAAUUGCAGCGUGUUGAGCUUUCAAGGUGGCCGCAAUCAUUGAAUCAAAAGUAAAUUUAACUGCCUGCUGACGGUAUUAAACAUGCCCUUUUUGGAAAGCACCUUACUUUAGCCUGUGCAAACAUAUCACUAUGGUGACAGUAGGUAAUUGCAGCAGAUCCUUUGUCCCCUCAACAAGCCUCCAAAUGUAAAGGCCAAGGAUCAUCAGCAUGUUUAACUGUUCGUCAAUGUGUAAAUGACCUGUUUUUAAUUUAUAAACUAGAUGUCUCCGAUUAAACAACCUUUCAUUUUUAUGUUUUUCAAAGUCUGCUCCAGUGUUACAUAAAUCAUUAGUUAAAAAGAUUGAAAAAAACAAAGAAAAGAAGGAUGCAUUAAGAUGUGAAUUUGACACAAGGGCGGGAUUCAAACCCAUAAUAAUCUGGUGUCUAUGCAAGCUGUUGCAGUUUGAUCAGCCAAGGACAAGGUCACAUUUAUAUGAUGGUUAUAAUCCAGUUCAUCUACAUUAGUCAGUGAUCCUCUCCAUCAUCUCGCCUGCAGAGAGGUCCACUGUCUACAGGCAUUGUGGGUAGUCUUUAAGUCAUGGAAGACUAUAAUAGUUUUUGGGGAUGAUGUCGGAGGCUGCAUUUGAUUUCAUAUGUCUGCUUCCCAUUUGUGUACCAAUUAUAUUCAACAUUUGUGAGCGCCUCGUCAAUCAUAAAAAAAAAAGGGGAAUAAGCAAAAGGAAAACCGAUGGUAUCUAUUAAUGACCAUGUAAAAUAUUUCUACAGUUCAGGUGUUGAGAAAUAUCCAUAUGAGUUCUUGGCCAGCCUUGCUUUUAUUCUGCAUGAUGCUUUGUUUUGAGAAAAAUGCAUCCUAACCCAAGGUAUGUUUGUAUUCUUUUUACCUGAGGGAGCUCCUCUCCUAUCUUUCACCCUCUCUUUCUCUCUUUCUCUCUUUGUAUCUUUGGAGCUUGUCAUCUCUGACCCUAAAAUCUCCUUAUUUUUUGUUUUAUUUUUUGGUAAACCUUCUGGAUUUUCUACAUUCAUAACAUUUUGUAGACAGCAAUAUGAGAUGUGAUUGAAAAUGGAAUAUGUGCAAAGUUGAUUAAAGAAAAAUAUAAUAUAUUCAAUAAAAAUUCAGAAACAGAA